AUGUCUAAAACGAAGCCAAUGGAGGAGCUUACAAGAGAGGAAGCUUUUUUAGAAGAAACCCCGAUAUCAGAUUCUGGGAUAUCAAAUUUUCAUGUUCAAGACCCAAUCAUAGAAUGUGACAAAUCCCCACGUCUUGAAUUCAAUCAAAGACAAUCUUUGGAGAGCUAUAUAAACCCGCCCCUGGAACUAUACAAAAAUCAAGAUCUCUCUUCCACCUCUUCACCGAAUAUGGUUUUGUUGGAGUCUACCAAAGAUUAUUCGUUGUCUAGUAGUAGCAACAAUUGUAGUGAAAACACCAAAAUCAACCACAACAACAACUACUGCAGCAACGACAACGACGAAAACAACAGGAACAAAAAUAACCACAGCAGUAACGAUACGGCAAGGAGUUUUAACCCAGCUGAAUCACAUGCAAACUCGGAAUCUAAUUUACACCCCAAGAAAACUUCUACUGUUCCUUCACCGUUGAAUCUACCUAAACGCUUCAAGAAAAAUCAACUUGAUCAGAAUAGCAUUCAAAUGCUUGAGCCACUCCAGUCACUGCAGAAUGCCAUGCACCAAUUGUUCUAUAAUCCUUCAACAGGUCAGAUAAUAGCAUUACCUGUACGCAACUCCAUGGCGACUCCUGUUCAAAGCAGUGUAGUAAAUGGUACUCCUUGUCACCAGCAACUUUUGCCUACCGUCUCUAACCGGCAACAAUCAAUGAUCCCCCAAUACCAAAUAGUUUACAUGAGGGCUGCGAAUGGACAGUUGGUUCCUUUACUUGCUCCAAUUUCUGGACAACAAGUUCAAAGACAGACUCCAGGAACUUCGUGCAUGAAAAGGAGUAGUUCCUCUGAUGCAAACGACUCACCUACAUCAUUUUCUUCGCAGCACGCCUCCAAUCUAUACAAGCGGAUGAAACCCGAGGAGAGCCAACCUUGCAUGCAGACUCAAAGAAACUCUACAGCCAUUUCUAGUAAUUCUAAUGUUCUAGCUCGACUAUCACCAACACAGCGUGCCGAACAAAUACAGAGGCAACAGAUUUGGCUGCAAAUGCAACUGCAUCCGGACCUGAUUAAAGGACAGGGGAACACCAAUGUAUCCGAUAUAUAUGAAAACAAUUUACCGAAUGGGAAAGUUAGUUCUACAUCUGCCGACGAGACACAUGAUGAGGUUCCGGUGCCAUCUGGGAAUAACCGUGAAACUCUUUCCUCCUCAUCUGGAAAUAAUCAGCUCAAUACUUCCGCUCAAUCUUUAGACACACAGACAUUACCUUUGGACACUGAAUUGCUGGUUGAUAGUCAAAAAGUGAUUGGAACCGUCACAGUUGGCUCUUUUACAUACAAAUAUAGCCAAACCCUGUCGGGUAAUAUUGUCAAGGACAGAGAACUUUUUGAUCGUUUGACAGAUAAUGCUUGGAAAACAUGUAUCUCGAAACACUAA